AUGUCGAUUUUUCUCAGUAAGAGGCUAUUGAGAUACACCGUCUUUGUCGGUGUAGUUAUUAUUUUAGUGUUAACGUUGAACUCUAAUGGCACCGCUCAGCAAUAUGUGUCAUCUUUAUCUUCGCUUACAUCGUUUGGAUCUACUUCCGCUGAACAGCAGGCCAGCACCGAGGAAGAUGAUGCUGAAAAGCUACGGAAGUAUGCGUCGGACCCAGAUGCAGGCGAGGACUCAGAAGCCAUGGAUGAGGAAUCCAGGGCUCUCAAGGCCGCUGCUGAACACGCAGACGCCCCAAUCGACACUAAGACCACCAUGGACUAUAUCAUGCCAUCCUUUGCUAACAAAAGCGCCCAACCAAAAGCGUGUUACGUCACUUUAGUGAGAAACAGCGAAUUGAACGGUUUGUUAAGUUCCAUUAAAUACGUGGAAGAGAAAAUCAACAAGAAAUAUCCGUAUCCUUGGGUUUUUCUUAACGACGAGGAGUUCACCGAAGAAUUCAAGCAAGCGGUCACCAAGGCUGUCUCUUCUGAAGUUAAAUUUGGUCUUCUGCCCAAGGAGCAUUGGUCAUAUCCAGAUUGGAUAGAUCAAACGAAGGCUGCUCGAAUUCGCGAAGAAGCAGCAAACCAAUAUAUCUACGGUGGUUCUGAAUCCUACAGACACAUGUGUCGUUAUCAAUCCGGGUUUUUCUGGAGACACCCAUUAUUGGAUGAGUACGACUGGUACUGGCGUGUGGAACCAGGCAUCAAGCUGUACUGUGACAUCAACUACGAUGUUUUCAAAUGGAUGCAAGACAAUGAAAAAGUUUAUGGUUUCACUGUUUCCAUCCAUGAGUAUGAAAUUACCAUCCCAACGCUAUGGAAAACAUCCAUGGAUUUCAUGGAAAAGAACCCUCAAUACGUAGACAAGGACAACCUAAUGAACUUCCUUUCUGAUGACAAUGGUAAAACGUACAAUAUGUGUCAUUUCUGGUCUAAUUUUGAAAUUGCAAAUCUGAAUCUCUGGAGAUCUGCAGCCUACAGAGAAUAUUUUGAGACGUUGGAUCAUCAAGGUGGGUUUUUCUAUGAAAGAUGGGGCGAUGCACCCGUUCAUUCGAUUGCCGCUGCUUUGUUUUUACCAAAGGAUAAAAUCCAUUAUUUCUCAGACAUCGGUUACCAUCAUCCACCUUAUGAUAAUUGCCCAUUGGACAAAGACGUCUACGAUCAAAACAACUGUGAAUGUGACCAAGGUAAUGAUUUCACUUUCCAAAGUUAUUCUUGUGGAAAGCAAUAUUAUGAAGCUCAAGGUUUGGUAAAACCAAAAAACUGGAAAAAAUUCCGCGACUAG